AUGUUGAUUAACUUGUCACAGACGGUAGUUGAUUCGUUGUGUCGUCCUCUUCUACCGGGGGUAUUUCUCUAUUUACUACCAACAAUUGUUGGUUUAUCUCUGUUUUACUUCUCGCUUUUUUUCUUUUUUUUCUUUAUUAAUAUCUUCUUUCAUUCAUUUAUAUCCUCUUUUUUUCUUUUCUUUCACUCCUAUCUUGGAUUUCCAUCAUUUUUAUUUUUUUUCUUACUAUUUCUUUCUUUAUAUUUUUUCACUUUUUCCUCUUCUUUGCUUCCUGUAUUUACAUUAUUUUCUCUUUCAUCUUGCAUCUUCUAUUUUUUUUUUUUUUGCUUAGUUCCUCAUCUUUUCUUCUUUCAUUUUCAAUAUUUCUCUUCCGUCUUUCCUUCAUUUUUUAUUUCCUUCGUCUUUUUUUUAUUUCCUUCAUUUCCAUUACAUUAUCUUGUUUGCGUCUUUCUUUUUCGUUUCUUUCGUCUUUUUUUACAUUUUUAUUUCUUUCGUUCUCAUCUCCCAUUUGUUAUAUCUUCCAUUUUUUUCGCGUUCUUCCGCUUCUUUAUUUCUUUCAUUUUCAAUCUUUCCUCUUCUCUAAUUCCUUCAUUUUUUUAUUUCCUUCCUCUUUUUUUAUUUCCUUCAUUUACCUUCCGUAAUUUCUUUUUUACGUUCUUCCUCAUUUUAAUUUCUAAUAUUUUAAAUCCUUUACCUUCUCACUUUCCUUCAUUUUUACUUCCUUGCUUUUCUUCAUCUCUCACUUUUUUAUACUUUUCUCUAUUUUAUUUCUUUCAUUGUUGUUUCUUUUUCUUUAUUUCUUUUUUUUUUACUCAUCCCUCUUUUUAUUUUUUUAUUUAUUGCUUCCUAUCGCUUCUUUAUUUCCAUAAUUUUCAAUCCUUCCCUUUCUCUCUUUCCUUCAUUUAUUUUACUUCCUUCCUCUUUUUGUUUCUUUCAUUUUCAUUAUUUCAUCUUGUUGACUUCCUUGAAUUUUUACUUCUUUUCUCUUCUUUAUUUUCUUCAAAUUUCCUUCUUUUCUCUUCUUUAAUUUCUUCAUAUUUACUUCUUUUCACUGACUCAUAUCCUUCAGUUUAG